AUGCCGUUCCAUACAAUCGAAAGAUUUUGGCAAGUAUGGAGAAACUCUAUUGCAUUUUGGCUCUUUGGGAUCUUUAAUAAUUUUAUCUAUGUUGUUAUGCUAAGUGCAGCUGUUGAUAUUCUUGAAAAAAAUCAUCCUAAGGAGUCUUCUGAUCUCAACACUAAUGGCCAAGUUAACUGUACUGAAAUGGGAACUGGGGCUAUUCUGUUGGCGGAUAUAGGACCAAGUCUAAUUCUUAAAUUUGUUUCUCCGCUGUUUAUUCGCCGAAUACAUUUCCAUCUAAAGGUGUUUCUUUGUGCGCUCUUCGCUCUUUCUGGUUUUUUGAUCGUGUCAUUCUCUAAAUCAAUCCACUCUAGUCUAUUCGGUGUCGUUUUAGGAAGCAUCUCUUGUGGUCUGGGUGAUGUUACUUUCCUUACUAUGGUUGCUUUCUUCGAUGUGAAUGAAGUUUCAAAUUACAAUUUUGCUUUUAGCGGCGUAGUAUCUGCUUGGUCAUCUGGAACUGGUGCGGCAGGUGUUGUUGGUGCCUUGUCAUACGCGGCUAUGACUUCUCUCUGGUCCCCCGAAGUUGUCCUUCGAAUUAUCACGCUGGCUCCCUUGUCGCUGCUCUUUGUGUAUGUGACCUACGAUAUCCCUUUAAACACCAAUUACUUCACUGUUCCUCCUUUUAGUUACUUUGUUGUUCUCAAAAAGCCCCGAAAUUCUGUCUUCCAACUCUCUUCUCUUCGUUUCACUCGAUUAAUUCGAACCAGUCAAUUUCCAGACUCAUCCGAACACGAUAUACCUAUCCAGCAAUCCUUUAGUGAGGAUGGAGCAGACAGUCCUUCAAAUAGACAACCACUGCUAAGAAGCGAUGACACCCCAACUGUCCAAAUUUCUCCCUCUUGGGAGGAUAAGAAACGCAUUUUCAUGGACAUAUUUCCCCUUAUUUUUGCACUUGCCUUGGUGUACUUCUUUGAGUACCUCAUAAAUCAGGCAUUGUUUGAAUUAGUUUACUUCAAAGACGCAGGCAUGACACAAGCUCAGCAAUACCGAUGGUACCAGGUGAUUUACCAAUGCGGUGUUUUCGCUUCGCGGUCUUCACUGAAACUCUUCAAAGUUCAUCGAAUAUGGAUUAUGGCUGUUCUACAAGUAAGCAUCCUGACUUUGUAGCAUUCCGUUGCAGCUUUCUGGUCUCAUAUUUAUUUAUAUCAGGUGGCAGGCGUUUUGAUAGUUUUUCAUUAACCCUUUAGUUGACUUCAAGCUUCACAGAGGAGAAGGAACAUCAAAGUGACAAAA